AUGUCUCAAGUUACUUUAGGUAGAUACCUUUUUGAAAGAUUAAACCAAAUAAAAAUUCAAACCAUAUUUGGUUUACCAGGUGAUUUCAAUUUACCAUUAUUGGAUAAAAUAUAUGAAAUCCCAGGCAUGAGAUGGGUUGGUAAUGCUAAUGAAUUAAAUGCUGCUUAUGCUGCCGACGGUUAUGCAAGAAUUAAAGGUAUGUCCUGUAUGAUUACUACUUUUGGUGUCGGUGAAUUAUCUGCUUUAAAUGGUAUUGCUGGUUCUUACGCUGAACAUGUAGGUGUCUUGCAUGUUGUCGGUGUACCAUCUUUAGAAGCUCAAGCUAAAAAAUUAUUGUUACAUCAUACGUUAGGUGAUGGUGAUUUUAAUGCUUUUUAUAGAAUGUCUUCUGAAAUUUCGGAAACUGCUGUAAUGAUCAAAGAUGUUACUACUGCUCCAGCUGAAAUUGAUAGAUGCAUUAAAACUGCCUACGUUAUGCAAAGACCUGUUUAUUUGGGUUUACCAGUUAACCUAGUUAACGCAAUGGUUCCAGUAUCUUUGCUACAAACUCCAAUUGAUUUAUCUUUAAGACCAAAUGACGCUGAUUCUGAGUCCGAAGUGAUUCAAACUAUCCUGGAAAUGGUUAAACAAGCAAAAAAUCCAAUUAUUAUUGCUGAUGCUUGUGCUUCAAGACAUGAUGUCAAAGCUGAAACUGAAAAAUUAAUUGAUAUUACUCAAUUUCCAUCCUUUGUUACACCAAUGGGUAAGGGUUCAAUUAAUGAACAACACCCAAGAUUUGGUGGUGUCUAUGUUGGCACUUUAACUAGACCAGAAGUAAAGAAAGCUGUUGAAUCUGCAGACUUGAUUUUGUCUAUUGGUGCUUUAUUAUCUGAUUUUAACACAGGUUCAUUUUCAUACAAUUAUGAGACAAAAAAUGUUAUUGAAUUCCAUUCUGACCAUACUAAGAUCAAAAAUGCUGUUUAUGAAGGUAUUCAAAUGAAAUUUGUCUUAAGUAAAUUAAUUACAAAGAUUGGCGAAGUGGUCAAGAAUUAUAAACCAGUAGCUGUCCCAGCUCCAAUCCUAGCAAACCCAAAGACUUCUCCAGAAACUCCGUUGAGACAAGAAUGGUUAUGGAACCAAUUGGGCAAUUUCUUACAAGAAGGUGACAUUGUUUUAACUGAGACAGGUACUUCCGCUUUUGGUAUUAACCAAACUUAUUUUCCAAAGAACACAUAUGGUAUUUCUCAAGUAUUAUGGGGCUCAAUUGGUUUCACAGGUGGUUGUGUACUUGGUGCUGCUUUUGCUGCUGAAGAAAUAGAUCCAAAGAAGAGAGUAGUUUUAUUCAUUGGUGAUGGUUCUUUACAAUUGACUGUUCAAGAAAUCUCUACCAUGGUCAAUUGGAAUCUAAAACCAUAUUUAUUUGUUUUAAAUAAUGAUGGUUAUACUAUCGAACGAUUAAUCCAUGGACCAACAGCGCAAUAUAAUGAAAUUCAACCAUGGAAUAACUUAGAAUUGCUAUCAACUUUUGGUGCUAAGGAUUACCAAGCAGUGAGAGUAGCAACCACUGGGGAAUGGAAUAUUUUAACUCAAAAUCCGGAAUUUAAUCAGAAUUCUAAAAUCAGAAUGAUUGAAGUCAUGCUACCAACUAUGGAUGCACCAUCUAAUUUAAUUUCUCAAGCAGAGUUAACCGCCUCAAUCAAUGCUAAGCAGUAG